GUUCAGAGGGGGCUGGUGUGUUCAGAGGGGGCAGGUGUGUUCAGAGGGGGCAGGUGUGUUCAGAGGGGGCUGGUUCUCGUGGCAUGUCGACCACUAAUAAGGGAAACAAGGCCUUGAAGGUGAAGAGGGAGCCGGGGGAGAAUGGGACCACCCUGACAGAUGAUGAGCUGGUGACUAUGUCCGUCCGGGAGCUCAACCAGCACCUCCGCGGCCUCACCAAGGAUGAGAUCCUGCAGCUUAAACAGCGCCGGCGCACCCUGAAGAACCGUGGCUACGCCGCCAGCUGCCGGGUCAAACGGGUCACCCAGAAGGAGGAGCUGGAGAAGCAGAAGUCACAGCUUCAACAGGAAGUGGAUAAGUUGGCGUCGGAGAACGCCAGCAUGAGGGCGGAGCUCGAUCACCUGAGGUCGAAGUACGAGGCGCUACAGAGUUUUGCAAGGACUGUGGCGAGGAGCCCGGGAGUGGGGUUAGGGGUCGGGGGUCAGAGGGGAGGUGGUGGGGUCGGGUCGGUGAUCGGGCCACUCAUACCGGGGAAAGUGGCGGCGACGAGUGUCAUCACGAUAGUGAAGUCGAAAACAGACGCGCGGUCUUAGUAGCGGGCUGGGUCAAGGAGGGAUGAGAGAGAAGAGGGAAGGGAGAGGAGGAGAAGAAGAAGCUAAUUAGGACUAUUUAAAAAUGAAACCAU